UUCGGUGACUUGAAGACUGGUACUUUGACUCCCCUCAUCAUUCCAGCAUUUUCUAUUCGCUUUUCUCGCCGCUUCCAACACUGAACCCCCGUGCCACCCUCGCUCGUCCACAUCCAGGUUGCCAUACAUCACAGGACAACAAUCAUUUCUCAUGAGACGCCUAUCUUUGGGAGAAAACAUCACUGGAAACCUUAGGAAAUCAGCUGGCCAUCGCUUGGUUACAUAACUUAUUUGAACUUAUUUUUAUUCCGAGUCGCUGACGAGGCUGACCCAUUUGGAUUCAGUUUUCCGGGAAAACAGUUUUUGUUGUUGUCAUUAUUUUUUUUAAUUUAGCUAAUAGGUAACAUUCCAUAGCCGCGUUUGGGAAAACCCCAACACGGCUUCGUCGUUGUUGUUUUUUUUCUACUUGUUGUACUCAGUUUAGCGCCAAGUAGCUUCAUCAUGGCAGGUCCGAACUCUCUGGACGCCGUGAAGAGAAAGAUCCAGUGUUUGCAGCAGCAGGCGGACGAGGCUGAGGACCGCGCGCAGGUCCUGCAGCGCGAGCUGGACAGUGAACGGGAACUGCGCGAGAAAGCGGAGGGUGACGUAGCGGCUCUGAACCGCAGGAUUCAGCUGGUGGAGGAGGAGCUGGACCGGGCCCAGGAGAGGCUGGCCACCGCGCUUCAAAAGCUGGAGGAGGCGGAGAAGGCCGCGGACGAGAGUGAGAGAGGCAUGAAGGUGAUUGAGAACCGGGCCAGUAAGGACGAGGAGAAGAUGGAGAUUCAGGAAAUGCAGCUUAAAGAGGCCAAACACAUUGCUGAGGAGGCAGACCGCAAGUAUGAGGAGGUGGCUCGUAAACUGGUGAUCCUGGAGGGAGAGCUGGAGAGGGCGGAGGACAGGGCCGAGGUGUCAGAACAUAAAGCCGGUGGGCUGGAGGAGGAACUGAAGAAUGUGACCAACAACCUUAAGUCUCUAGAAGCCCAGUCCGAGAAGUACUCUGAGAAGGAAGACAAGUACGAGGAGGAAAUUAAGGUUCUCAGUGACAAGUUGAAGGAGGCUGAGACUCGUGCUGAGUUCGCCGAGAGGACAGUGGCCAAACUGGAAAAAUCCAUUGACGACCUGGAAGAGCAAUUAUCAAGCGCCAAAGAAGAUAACCUGGGUAUGCAUCAAGUUUUGGACCAGACUCUGCUGGAGCUCAACAGCUUAUAAACACAUAAGAGACGAAGAGGAUGACAUAGAGUCACGUUACAUUCCAUCAAUGUUCAACAUAUUCCACACUUUCAGCUGGAUAUAUUUUUCCUCCAGUGAGAAAACAGGGUGUUAACUUAAAACUUGUAUCCUGAUGUUUUUUUGUUUUUUGUUAAUUCUUACUUAUUUUAAGGCACAGCUUUCUUUAUGUCUUUUAAAAUUACAAAAUCAUUCCAACACCAUUACAUUUAUUGAGUUCCUCCUUCUUUUGGCAUUUUCUUCAACACUCUUUGACCACUUUUAUACGAACAAUGGACAAUGAAUAUAUGCCUGGCCACUCAAGACAUUUAUUUUUAUCACCCAUGCCAUAUUAUAUAGUGGAUGACAUGAUUUAGCUCUCUUUACGAAUGGCUCUUUAGUGCCAUCUAGAGUAUUUUUGGAUGAAAGUCAAAUGUUUCCCUCAUAAUGGUGAUUGAACGUAUGCUCAUUUUUGACAGCCCAGUAAACUUUGUUGUUUUAUCUCUCCUUUGAUUGUUUGGCUGGUGACGGUUUUGCAAUUUCUAUCUCUUUGUUGCUCCCUGUUCUAAAAAUAUUUUAGUGUCAGCAUCGUCAAAUUGUGGUUUCAAUGGUCAAAGCAAAACUAUGCUAUCAGUCAUUAGCGCCCGCUGUUUCACAAUCAAACAGGCCUAUGCAAAAAAAUUACGCAUCCAUCAUUUAAUAACAAAAACAAAAUUUUCUUUCUCUGCAAAUAUUAUUAGAUUCCUUGGUCUAAAACGGAUCCAAUCAAACAGACUCUGUAAAGACCGGGUCCUAUGUGAUCUAUGGUAAUCAGCAAGAGCCUGUA